UUAAUGGUGUAGAAAGCGGCCAAGCUUUUAAAAAUUGUCUGGGUAGUUUAAACGAUACUACUAGUUACGAUUUAUUACUUAAAUAUCCUUUCAGUAGUAGCAGCGUGAUUAAUAGUGGCGAGAUAAUAGAACUAUGUUGGUAA